ACUCUCAAAAACCUAAUAAUAACCAAUCUCUUCCCAAAAUGGCCGCAAGAUCAAGAGUGACAAGAUCCGGUCGAUUGAACCCUGAUUCUGAAUCAGGGCAAGUUAUUGAUGUUCCUUUUCAUGCAGAUGUGGUGAACCAAUCUCUUCAAACACCUUCAAAUCCUCCUGUGGUGAACCAAACCGUUCAAACACCUGUGAAUCCUCCACAAAUGACUCCUACUAGGAACCCUGGAAAGGAGAAAGAACCCCAGGAACUACCAAUGUGUGAUAUUGUUACGAUGAUGGUCAAGAGAGCUAAGUGGAUUGCCAGGGGACUGAGGCGUAACAUUGAGGAGGUUUUAUAUUUGGAUUGCGAGGAACAAAGAACUCUGAUUCUCAGGCUUCUGGAGUUACAUAAUCCAAUGAGGGAUGAUCUAUAUACUGACGAAGUAAUUGAUGAUAGGAUUAGUCUUUCCCAAACUCCCGACAGUUCUUCAUCAUCUUCUGAGGAUGUUCCUUCAAUUGUUGGUCGUAGUGGAUGAUUGUAGAUAAUUUACUUGUUUAAGUCAUUCCAGCUUAUGUUUAUGUAGACUUUUUAGCAUGUUUAAGUUAUGGAUUUGGGUGAUUUA